UCUCUCUCUCUGCGUCUCUCUCUCGGUCCAAUCAAAUUUCCACUUCAACUACUUUGCCCCUUCUGCCAUGUCUCCGCCGCCUACACUGUUGCACGAUACCGCAAAUAACUGAAAUCUCAUAACCUGGUCGCGGCCAUGCCUGUCUUUCAGAAUUUUGGGUUAGUUGGAAUGGGUUAAUAUAUUUGGAAGCCUACUAGGCUGCCCCGGAUCCGUAUCCUGAUUUGUGAUUUUUUCAUCAUCAUUUCCCGUCUCUGUCUGGAAUUGGAAUAUCUAGCUUUUCUACUAGCAUAUGGCAGAAGACAGUCCAAGGAUUGGUGGGAUUUCUUCUGGAUUGGCUGUUAUUUUAAAUGAUAAUGAUAACAGAGGGAGUUCAUCAAAAGGCCGGUGUUUUUCUUAUUGUGAUGAAUUCAAUCAUCAAUCUGUGGAGCGGACUCUUGAAUAUGUAUUUGGUCUCCCCAACAAAUCCAUUGAUUCUGUGACUAGUCCAAUUGAUACGGCUUUUAUUCGUUCUAUCAUAAAGAAUAGAUUCUCCGAACUUGCUCAUCCAAUUGCUUCCUCUGGCGUGGGAAAUGGCAUAUGUAUUGUUGAUAAUGGCUUGGGAUCCAAUGUAGUCUGUAUCGAGAAAGUUAGCAUCUGUGGUGAUAUUAGGAUAGUUAAGCCGCCAUCACUUGUAGAAAGUUUUUCGAUGUUCAGCAGUGCUAGGGCUAAUGCUUGUGUCUGGAGUGGAAAAUGGAUGUACGAAGUUAUUUUAGAAACUUCAGGCAUACAACAGCUUGGAUGGGCAACUCUUGCUUGCCCUUUCACUGACCACGAGGGUGUUGGUGACGCAGAUGAUUCCUAUGCUUUUGAUGGGAGAAGAGUUCGCAAAUGGAAUAAGGAAGCUGAGAGGUAUGGUCAGUCUUGGGUUGUUGGUGAUGUCAUUGGAUGUUGUAUUGAUUUGGAUAGAAAUGAAAUCUCGUUCUAUAGGAAUGGCAUCUCACUUGGGGUGGCAUUUUCUGGGAUCCGCAAAAUGGGUCCUGGUAUUGGAUAUUUUCCAGCAAUAUCUCUAUCUCAAGGAGAGAGAUGCGAAAUAAAUUUUGGCGCUCGCCCCUUUAAAUACCCUAUUGAUGGCUACUUCCCCCUUCAAGCACCCCCAUCGGUAAACAGUUUUGCUUCCCAUAUGCUGAAAUGCUUGUUGAAGAUAUUGGAAGAGAAACGUAUAGAAUGCCUUGAGAUUAACUCUGUUGAGAAAUUGAGGAGACUAAAAAGGUUUGUUUCAGUUGAAGAACUAUUUCAUCCUGUCUCUAUUGGAAUUUGUGACGAAUUCUUCUCUGCACUUGAAGCCGAUGCAGAUUGUAUUGAGUAUAUUGGAUGGGGUCCUUUUUUUUCGUUCAUGAUGGAAGUGUUUGGACCACAGCCACCACACAAUCACUCAAGCUUAGAUAGAAUUAUUGAUGUCCUCCUAAGAUGUCAAGGCUCCCUUGCAUUAUUUGAGCAUUUAAUUAACGCCCUUUCAUGCAGCUGUAAGACAUCACCGCUAGUUUUAACUGAGUGCCCAUAUUCUGGAUCAUAUUCCUAUCUUGCAUUGGCUUGUCACAUCUUCAGACGAGAAGAAUUAAUGGUUCUUUGGUGGAAGUCGGUUGAUUUUGAAUUCCUCUUCGAAGGUUUUUUAUCACGGAAGAAUCCAAAUAAGCAGGAUCUUGAGUAUAUGAUGCCCUCGGUUUGGUGGCCUGGUUCACGUGAGGAUGUGUCUCAUGAAAGUAGCAUGGAUUUAACUACAACAGUUCUAUCUGAAGCAAUCAAUCAGAUUGAGGAGAAGCACAGAGAUCUUUGCCGCUUAGUCAUUCAGUUUAUACCCCCCACAACAUCUCCCCAGUUGCCAGGUUCAGUAUUUAGAACAUUUUUGCAGAACCUAUUACUGAAGAACAGAGGAACUGAUCAUAAUGCAUCCCCUUCUGGAGUUCCAAGCAAUUCUAUUGUUGUUUCUCUAUACGCUGUGAUACUUCAUUUUUUAUCUGAAGGAUUUGGAAUGGGGAGUGUUUGUGACUGGUUGAGAAGUAGUGAAAGUGAUGGUCCUGAUAUGGGUUUUCUUCAUAGAGGUGGGCAGCGCAGUUUCCCUGUCUAUUUGUUCUUUAGAGAUGAGUCUCAUCAAACUGUCACGGCUAGGCUUGGAGGCUCAUACAAUCAUAUAUCAAAACUACAUCCUCCUGGGGAUCAAGAAGUUGAAGUAAUUCACUGGGAGGAAGGUUGCAUGGAUGACCAUGAGACCAGAGUAACUCAUUCCACCCGACAAAAGCCAUGUUGCUGUUCAAGUUAUGAUGCUGAAUGCACGAGGAGUUCAAAGGAUCCUAUUAAGUAUGCUAUCAGAAAUUCUCGUGGGAUUCCUAUGCACGAUAGAUCUGCCCAUGUUGCCAGUGAAUGUAGUGCUGGAAAUUUGAGUGAUGAAAUAACUGACAAACCGAGUUCAAGUGAACAAUCUGAUGCACAGUUUGGAUAUUGCCCCGUGCAGCACAUGAGGAUUGUACCAAGGGAGACUAAUGCAUCUUCAGCUACAUUAAGAGAAGAAGAACUUUUAGACUUCUUGCUUCUCUUUUAUCACAUGGGACUUGCACCAGAUUUUAAGCAGGCAUCGCAUUACAUGUCACAUCAAUCUCACUUAAUAGCUCUUCUUGAAGAAACUGAUAAACAGAUAAGAGAACGAACUUGUAGGGAGCAAAUAAAGCGCCUAAAAGAAGCUCGCAGCUCUUACAGAGAUGAAGUGAUCGAUUGUGUAAGACAUUGUGCAUGGUACCGCAUUUCUUUGCUUUCCCAGUGGAAGCAAAGAGGAAUGUAUGCAAUGUGCAUGUGGGCUGUUCAGCUGCUUCUUGUUCUUAGCAAAAUGGAUUCGAUGUUUAUUUUUGUCCCUGAGUUUUAUGUUGAAGCGCUGGUUGACUGCUUUCACGUGUUACGUAAGGGAGAUCCUCCAUUUGUGCCUUCUACUAUAUUUCUCAAGCAAGGGCUUGCUUCAUUCGUGACAUUUGUAGUUACUCACUUCAAUGACCCGAGGAUAUCAAGUGCAGAUCUAAAAGACCUGCUUCUUCAGUCCAUAUCAGUUCUUGUUCAGUACAAAGAAUAUUUGGUCACGUUUGAGAGUAAUGAGGCAGCUACGCAGAAGUUGCCAAAGUCAUUGCUAUUAGCAUUUGAUAACAGAUCCUGGAUUCCUGUGACAAACAUUCUGCUGCGACUAUUCAAAGGUUCUGGCUUUGGUUCUUCAAAACAUGGAGAAUCAUCGUCAUCAUCUAUAAUAUUUCAGACACUACUACGAGAGGCAUGUGUCACGGAUGAAGGCGUGUUCUCACCUUUUCUUAAUCGUUUAUUCAAUACUCUUAGCUGGACUAUGACUGAAUUCUCAGUUUCAAUUCGAGAAAUGCAAGAAAAAUACCAGGUACUAGAUUCUCAACAAAGAAAAUGCAAUGUCAUAUUUGAUCUUUCAUGCAAUCUUGCAAGGGUUUUGGAAUUCUUUACACGGGAAAUCCCUCAAGCAUUCCUGUUGGGAUCUGAUACAAACCUCAGAAGGUUGACUGAGUUAGUACUUUUUGUACUGAACCAUGUAACGUCAGCAGCAGAUGCGGAAUUCUUCGACUUGUCACUUAGGCGUAAUGGACAAUCUUUAGAGAAAAUAAACAGAGGCAUGAUAUUGGCUCCUCUUGUUGGCAUCAUCUUGAAUCUGUGGGAUGCUAGUGCAGAGCUGGAGUACAAAGAAUAUAAUGACGUUGUUGGUAUUUUCGCUAGCAUGGAAUGUCUAAAUACAGUGAACUGUGGAUUUCGUCUUCUGUUGGAUUACAACUGGGCUGGUUCCUUUAGAGGUGAUGGUUAUAUUGUAAAACUUGAACGGCUGGAGAACUUUUUAAGUCUUCUUCUUUAUCGGAUGGAGUCUUUAGCUCUUGAUAACUCCACAUUCAGUGAUCAAACAGAUGCUAAUGAUAGCAUAUGCUGCAUCUGUUAUGCAAGUGAAGCUAAUGCAUGUUUUAAACCCUGCUCUCAUCGAUCGUGCUAUGGUUGUAUUUCCAGGCAUCUUUUGAAUUGUCAGAGAUGUUUCUUUUGCAACGUAGCUGUGGAGGACGUUAUCAAGGCUGCAUAACUAUCCAUAGAGAUCUAUUGCUCGAAUGGAGCUUCUCUCUUGGUGUUUCUCAAAGGAUCUUCCUCUGAUAGUCAAUGAAGGAAUUUUAAAUCAGAAUAGGAAGAACAAGAUGAAGGCCAGCUUCCAUCACAUUCUCACAUUGUCUUCUGCUUCCAGAGCUAAAAGGGAAGGUGUGGGACAGACUGCUCCAGAAGCCAGGUCCUCUUCCGCUGCUUGCACAAAUUGAUUUGCUGUUCUGAUGAGGGUGGUCAUGCUCGUUCUCUUCUUACUGGUAAAGUAACUGUCAUCAACUUCAAGCUAGAGCUAGAAGUUAUGAAGUUAUAUGUCUCCAGGAGAAAGAUAGAUCCAAUAAAGGAAGUAUUGUGGGCAGAGAAACAAGGCAAGUGUGCCUCUUGAAGAGUUGGCCAAUAAGAGUGUGGGAUAAAUACAAGUGAGUUUUCUUUCAGAUCUCAGUGUAAAUAUGUUUCGUUAGCAAAAGCUUUCUUCGUGCACCAUAUUAUGGUGAGUGCAAAAUAAUUCCUUGUGAAUAGGGAACUCAUGUUUUAAUGAUUAUUGAAGUGAAUUUAGAGAUAUA